AUGUCACCCAAUUCUAGUGUCAUCUGUCUACCACCUGAUUGGGCAGUAUUCUCUCUAACUUACGUACCUUACCCAACUAGGGAGUACGGCAAGGUCAUAGGAUGGAUGUUAGCAUUACUAUCACUAGCACCUAUCUUUGCUAUAUCAUCGAUCUUUACCAUCACUUUAGUGCGGCAAUCAGUUCGGUGGGGUCUACUAUUGGUCGGGUUGAUAUUAUCAACAAUAGUGAAUACCAUAUUAAAGUACUACAUCGCUGAGCCAAGACCGGAAGGUACCUUUGCUAAGGGUUAUGGAAUGCCGAUUUCUUGUUUGUUAAGCAUCAUAUACGAACCCGACCACUAUGGAUAA